CAGGGGGCUGCAGCUGUUGCUCAGAGUUUAGGCCGUGUUACGUAGUAAUAUGACCUCACAGGCCACAUUGCCCAAUGUUUCUACCUUUUCUACCUAUAGGUAGGUUCUACCUAUAGGUAGGUACCUUUCUACCGUUACUACAUCUAUAUUUAUUAGGUACACAUCCCCCACCAAAAACACCAAAUUCAUUGUGCGACUUUCGAUAUUUCUAAACGGCCUUUGUCCCCCGUGUCUCGUGUCUCGUGCUUAACCGCCGCCAUUACCAUCACCAUCACCAUCACCACUUUCCUAUGGCCCAACUCGAAUCGACUACGUGCAACGCGAUAAUAUAUAGGCAAUCAAAUUGGGGGUUGGGCAGAGGUAGUUAGUUAAUAUAUAUACAUAUUGUAUCUUAGACCAUCUUAGGUACUUUAAGCCGUCUGCGGGAAGGCCCCUUGAAUGGCCAACCCAAGGCUCAGGACCCCCUCCUCCAGCACACAUGCUACCGAUCCCACCGAUAUACCUUCCGCUCCCGUCGUAGCUGUUUCCCUUCUGCAGCCCCGCGUCGCCGUCGCUCUCGGCGUACCUAAGCGUUGGCAUCAUACUCUCUCCGCUUGCCGUCUACUCUCUAUCGUCCCUCCUAUACUCUGGGGCCUUCGAUACGCCUUGCGUUUCCUGCUUGCCGAUCUGUUACGCCUGUCCGAGCAAGACCAUGACCACAAUGUUAGUCUUUCCUCCCUGAGGUUGAUCGAGACGGCAUUGGCUGUCAUAUGGUGCUACGCCUCUGCAUAUCUCGCCUUCUUUUUCACCGACUGCCUCAUGUCACGCUGGCUCAUCAACUACACGCCUCAAGCGACAGUUGUGCGCCUCUUCACUAUUAGCUGCGCCUUCGCUUACCUGACCUCGUGGGUCGUAUACUUAGCUGGUGGUUCUCAAGACCCCGGCCUACUGCUACCAGCCUGGAUCGGGAUAGCCACCAUCUUAACCCUCUGCUACCACUUCACCCAGCGCAAGAUUAAGAUACGGAAGGAGACUUUUGCCAGUAUCAGCGUCUUUUCUAUAGCAAGCUUUAUUAGCAUGGUUGCCUUACUAUUACAUUCCCAUACGACCAGAGCUGGAUAUCAGAACGUCCCGAUAGUUGCCAUAACCAAGCGAGCAUGUCAAAUCGGAGCAUACAUCAUUUUCCGCAUUGUAGGUCUCACUGGGGACUUGGACGGGUUAUGAUCUAGGGCAUCGACUUCCUGAUGUUUCGUCGACGUUGUUGCAGCUUGAUGCUGUCGAAAGACGUUAACCAAGCUAAUGCUUUUAUUAGCCUAUCAGGACGCUUAAAUGUGUCCAGCCUAGUCGCCGACUUUAGAAAUGGGACGCUCUGAGAAGCUUGAUGUUUUUACUUUUAGAAGAAGCAAUUUCAAGUACGAUAAGUUGUACUCUAGGAUACAUGACAAAUAUAUUUUAACCUUAGGCGGAAUAACUAUAGUUCUUCUCCUAGCUGUCUAUAGCUGCAUUCGGGUUAUAAUUCAGAUUACGUAUAUAUUGCCCCUAACAAUAGUAGCUUUGUUUGUGUCUAGGCGGAAGCUAGAUCUUUGCGUUUAGAUUGCUGGCGGGAGAUGGCAUUUGUUCUUUAUAAUAAUAGACGUUUAAUGUAGUUGUCUGCACUGUUCGACAUUGUUUUUUAACAUCAAGUCCUAGGGAUGCUCAUCGAGUUUAGUCUACUCUGACGCGUCUCGAGAGGUUACCAUAGCAGGUACUAUUAUGUAUUGCUUAGUAAAACCACCAGAUAUAUUGUAAGGUCAACUAGUGUGUUAAUUCAUAGUUGGCCCCUUUUCCGGAAUCAGGGAGGGCAUUUGACAAUGAAAUAUACUAACCUAGGAUAUUGAAGAGAAUGACUAGGCGGGUAAAGCGG